CCGAUAUAAACACGUCUAUGUACUUACACUAAGCAUAUUAUUAUGCAAACAAAACCCGCUAAUUCACUUGCGUUGCUGAAGCGCAAGCAUGACUUUAGUAUUAACCACCACAUGGCGUGAUAUGAUUCAUAAUAUUAUAUCGGCAGUUCAUCGAUGAAAUCCGAUAAAAGCUAAAUGUGCUUAAUCGUGUGCUUAUAAUUAACUAAACUUAAUAAUACAAUGACUUUGUUGUUGCGCUAAUUUCUCUUCUCGCAGACAAACGUGCGCGACGUUGAACGAAAUUGCGCUCGGCAAAUAUUUAAAUUGAGAGAUUGUGUACCUAGCUCGCUCAAUAGAAUCGUUUAAACAUGCACACUCGUCGGUCGUGGGUGUUGUUUAAUAAGAAAGUCAAUGUAAAAAUUAGUUGCAUAGUGAUUUAAAGUUCUGGUGUUCAUUUUUGGUGUCGGGAUUAGAUUUUUCAACAAUAUGAUUGUAAAUUUUGUUUUUAUUUUAGUGACUCUACGAUGGUCUUAUGCUGAAAAAAUGGCAUGUCCAACAAUUUCACAAAUUGUAGACUCUGAGGAAAUAAAAUGGCAAAGUUACAAAAAUUCUGUGGUUCCAUCUUAUCCACGAUGUAUAAAUAUGUAUAAUAAAUAUAUUUUAAAAAUAUGUCAAAAUUACAAUUGGAAUUUUGACUCGUAUGCACCAGAAUGUGCCCGAGUGGUAUCAGAUGAUACUUGUUCAGAUAAUUUAUUACCAUUGGAAGAAUACUGUGCUUUGGUAACAUUACCUCAACAUUUUCAAGAUAAAUGUCCGAACGGUUUUCUAAAAUACUACAAUUUUACCAGAUUUGAUCCCAGUUUUGAAUAUUGGUCAUCCACACGAAAAAUCGACGAUGUAUUCAUACACACUGGUUCGGAUUCUAUGUAUGGUAAAGAAUUUAUCGCUCCAAAUCAAAAAACGGAUUGUUUUGUGAUCUUGAAUGGUACAGCCUUACCCAAAUUUUGCAAUGAAUCAUUUCAUCAAAUAUGUGUAACACCUAAACAUAGUACAUCACCGAUUUACUUCGAACCCACAGAGAAUAAUCUAGAUAUGCAGUUAAAAUUUGAUAGAAAACGUGGUAAAAUAUAUUUGAACAUCUACAGCCCUCAAAGUAUUCUUCAAAAAUUAGAUGAUCCUACCAACGAUGCUGUUUAUUGUUUUACCAACGCAGAUGAAGUUGAACUUAAAACUCCGUUGAAAAUUAAAAGGGUUGUAUCAAAAGAAGCGUUGAAUGUGUACUUGCUUACAUUCAGAUAUGUACAUCCAGGCGAAUAUUGGUGUGAAGCCUUUGAUUAUACACAAAAACUGAUAAAAAGCAAUACUUUGAUAGCUUACAAGAAGAAAAAAGGAUACGAAUAUUCUCUUCGAGUAAUUCUUAAAGGAAUAUGUAUUGAUCCUGAAGAAACAAGUUUUUAUAAUUUUGAAACUUCAAGUAAAGAAAACUGUACUGUAGUGAGCGGUGCAGUUAUUAUGAAUUACCUGGACAAAAUCAAAUUUGUAAAUAAUUUAUAUCACGUGGAUGUGGCCAUUAGAGUAAUGAAGAUUUUUGGUAAAACCGGACAAGACGUUGAUGUAAUUCUACAUUUAACCACAUUAAGAAAUGUGAAUAUUGUUGGAGAAUUUUAUAAAAUUAACGGGUUACUUCACAGUAUUCCGAAUAUUACCAUAAUGUGGUUCCGAAGUGUUGAUUAUUGUCUUCCCGAAACAACUUAUGUUUUCGGUAAUAUAAAACUGGAAUGGAAACUAACACCAAUGCAUGAAGAUAGAAGUCCUGAUAUACUUUGUUUGAAUGAGAAAGCGAUUCCACACAAACGAAAAUGUCUUGGUAAUUUUAUCGUUGGUGCAUAUUGGGACUAUUUUAAUAAAACAUGCAAUCAAAACGUUGCUAUCACAGAGAAAACCGAAGAAUUGUAUAAUAUUUCCAUAAAAUCUGAAAUAUCUCCGAUUGUUUUUCAACAAAUUGCGAAUAUUACUUCACAUAUAGAAAGUAUAAUCCCUCUUGAUGUUUAUCUAAUAGCAAAUAUCAUGAACAACGUGGAACACACCAAUGAAACUGACUCUUCAAACACAUCCGUUUUAGAUCAUGUACUGGGUACGAUUGAUCACAUGAUCACGAUAAACAAAACUGUUUUAAAGGAAUCACAAGUCGAACUGAAUGCAACUGAUUCUUUACUGGAUUCAAUUGAGAAAUAUUUUGACGACGAUUCUAAAACAUCAAUGCAAGAUAUUUUAGUGAAACUGAAUGCUGGUCAGGAAUAUUUAAGAGUAAAACCUAAAUUUAUUCUACAUAUUACGAGACCAUACUUAUCAAACGUUCAUGGAAUAGGAUUAUAUCAAAGUCCGAAUGGUUUACCAUUUUCGGAAGAUUUAAUUAAAUCUAUAAAAAUUGAUCAAACUUUUGAUGAUUUGGAUAAUUUAGAUGACUUAGAAUUAGCUACGUAUGUUCCAGUAGAACUUUUAGAUUUAAUUGUGGAAGAAAACGGAAGUAAGGAGAAUAUUACAGUCAUUACUACUAUAUUCUACAAUGAUAACUUAUUUAAUUCUGAAUAUGAAGAACUGGGUGUUCCUCAAAGUAAAGUUAUUAGUGUGAAAAUACCAGAUUAUGGACUUUAUUUGGACGAACCAUUGCCAUUAUUGUUUCGUCAAAAUUGGAACGACUCCAUAGAAGAUAUAGAAAAUUAUGACGAGUAUGAAAAUGUGUCUUAUAUUGUAGAAUAUAAUAAUACAUGUGCUUAUUGGCAAUAUGGAGAGUAUGCAGCCAACAAAACAGGUCGCUGGUCCAAUUUGGGAGGAUCUACAGAAACUGAAACAGAGAUGUUCGGAAAUUCUACGUUAACUAAAUGUUAUUUCCAUCAUCUGACGCACUUUGCGUUAUUGAUUAUGAAUCAACGCAUUAUGGUUAACGAAUCGGAAGCUUGGAACGUGUUAGAUAUAGAAGAUGAUUUUGAUUUUGAUUUCCACCAUAAUCUACUUUCUUUAAUCACAAUAAUUGGAUCUAUUCCCUCGCUUAUUGGAAUUUUGGGCAUUUUUCUAACAGCGAUUUGUUUCUCUCGCUGGCGUCAGAAAACAGGGAGUAUAAUCUUGCUUCAACUCAGUUUGACUAUUAUGUUGGAAAUUAUAGUCAUCCACGUGGCUGGUGAUGCAAAACUUACUGUCAAAACACAAUUGUGUACCAUUGUUGGAAUAUGUUUACAUUAUGUAGUACUGGCGAAAUCGUCUUGGAUGUUUGUGUCGGCUAUCUUACAAUACUAUCGGUUUGUGAAAAUUUUUCAAGUUUUACCCAGUAGAUUAAUUUUAAAAGCAAUGAUUUUCUCAUGGGGAGUUCCUUUAAUUCCGGUUGGACUUGUAGCGAUUUUUUUACCAACGUAUAACGCUGCAUCAAGACAAUUUUGCUAUCCGGCUGAUUUAGCGUUGUAUUUUGGUUUAUUUCUUCCGGUUUCUUUAAUUGUCUUGUCUAAUUUGGUUGUUUUUAUAUUGAUAAUGAAAAAUAUCUUCAAUCCGAAUGUAGAGAUAAAACCAAGGACUAGUUACAAGAAUUCAACUUCCCAAAAUAAGCUACAGAUUUAUUUAGGAAUACUUUUGUUCUUUAUGCUGGGCUUACCAUGGGUUUUUGGAAUUUUAGCCGAGAUAUUAGCAUUUCCUUUGCGGUUGAUUUGCGUUUAUCUCUUUUGUUUGAUGGGUACACUACAAGGAAGUGUAAUAUUCUUAUUCUACGUUGUUUUGGACAGAGAUACACGAAACUUAUGGUUGACAGCUUAUGACAAACGGUUUAAAAAAUACGACAUCAAAUAAUUAAAUGAUUCCAAUGUAACAUAUUUAUUCGUAAUUUAGUAGGUAUCAAAUGAAAUUGUAAACAAUCAAAAUAAAAUGUUAAUAUGUACUUA